AUAUUAAAAAAAAAAAAUAAGUGGCCACGAGUUACUUCCCAUAUGUUUCCCUUUCUGAUUCUUCAUUUUCCUUUUAUGGCGGCCAAGUUGUCGUUAAGGCCUCACUUUUCACCCCACUUAAAGAGUUGAAAUAUUGAAAAAGUUGGAAAAGAAGGAAAAAGAGAAAAGCAAAAGUUAAGUUUUACCUUUGUUAUUUAGAGGAUAGGGAGUUCUGUUUGGUUUUUGUGCUGAUUCUUUGAAGAGGGAGGAUAACAUUGCGGAAACUUUCAUUUGGGAGCUUAAAGGUUAAAGUUAGUAACUUUCAGAAGGGAUCCAACAUAUCGGAAUAUGACCUCGGGGGAGAAGGGGAUCUCUUUAAAGCUCCACAACCAAUUAUUGAAGAACCAUUGAUGGGCCUUGAUCCUAUGACUGCUGCUAUUUCAAUGAUUUCUUGUGCAGAAGAUGCCAUCUCGCCGCAAGGACUCAAAGUUUCGGAUCUAGAAACUUCGUUUGAGAAUGAAGAACUCCUGAGUGAAGUUUUCUAUGAAUGCAAAAAAGACCUAUUUGACAAAGAUGCAAUUGAUAUACCGUUCUCUGAAGUCUUGGACAUGAAACUUCCUAUUGUGAAGGCCGACGAAAACCUGACUGCAGAUGAGAACUUGGUUUCUCAAGUAUCUUUCCAGAAAAGUAUUAGUUCAGGGUCUUUAACCUCCAUGGAGUGGAUACACGGGGCUUCAAUGAGGCCCAAUUUUAUAGAUUUUGGUGGAAUGGACUUUGGAGCUGUUUAUGGUAUGCGAAGAGCAUACAGUGAAGGAGACAUAAAGACUCUGGGUAAUGGCAACAUAAAUCUGAUCCAUUCUCCACUGGGUCAACCACAAAUUGGCGGAUGUUCCAGUUCUGAAAUUCGCAAGGAAAAGCUCUCCAGAUAUCGGAGCAAGAAGAAUAAAAGGAAUUUUGGCAGAAAAAUCAAGUAUGCUUGCAGGAAGGCAUUGGCUGAUAGUCAACCAAGGAUCCGUGGAAGGUUUGCCAAGACCGAAGAAAGCGACACAUCAAAGAAGCAUUAACAGUUUUAACUGUCUAUGAGUUGGAAGAAUUAUAGUAAGGUAGUAAUGGAAAGUAUUCACUGGUUAUAUUAGCCUGAUGAUGAUAUAAAUAGCAAAAAGAAGCUAGCUUUAGAAUAGGAUCUACUCAAAUAAGCUGGGGAUCCAUCCAUCCAACAACUUGCUAGUUUGUUAAAAUCUUUGGGGUAGCGGUAAUAAUCUUUGUAGAUUAGACAAACCAACUAGUGUUGUAUAUAGUGUUUGUUAAAUAAAACUCUGUAACUUGCUAUUAAUGCUGGAUAACGUAUUUCUGAGAUCUCUAUGUUCAACGGUUCAGACGGCUGCACCCCAUAUUCUAUCAUCCA